AUGGAGAGAUUCUAUAAACGAAUUUGUACUUCUACAUCACAUGACCAGCCUGAGCCUUCUCAAUCAAUUAAUAAGCCUACUAAUGAGUCUAAUAUUACUGAUCAAAUAGAAAAUCAAUCACGUGCUGAAUUAAAUUUGGAUGAUAUUAUUAGUGAUCCAGGAUUAAGGAAACCAAUUGAGAAAUUUGAUAUUGCUAUUCGAGAUCAAGCUCGAAGAGAAUAUGUACUUCGAGGGCCUUGUCAAUUAAAUGGUCAUUUGUAUCCAAAAACAUCUUUUGGUAAUCAUGAAAGGAGCUUUCAAGAAAAUUGUCAACGUAAUGAAGAGAUUUUUAAAGUUGUAAAACAAAAUGCUCCCGGAAACAAUCAAUUGACUUCUCCAAAAAUUCAAAAAGGUUUAAUACAUGCUUGUGCUUCACAAAUCACAAUUGCUAUAUUAAAUGAUAUUGGAGAUAAGUUCUUUUCAUUGAUGGUUGAUGAGGCUCGGGAUAGUUCGGUGAAGGAACAAAUGGGAGUUGUUUUGAGAUAUGUGAAUAAAAAAGGAUGUGUGAUUGAACGAUUUCUUGCUGUUGUGCACGUGUCUGACACUACUGCUGAGUCUUUAAAAAAGGCUAUUGAUGCUUUAUUUAUGAAACAUGGUUUGUCAUUGUCUAAAUUGAGAGGACAAGGAUAUGAUGGGGCUUCAAAUAUGCGCGGUGAGUUCAAAGGGUUAAAAUCUCUAAUAUUGCAAGAAAAUCCACAUGCGAUGUAUGUUCAUUGUUUCUCUCAUCAACUUCAAUUAGUUCUUGUUGCUGUUGCUGAAGACAAUAUCAUUGUGAGUGAACUUUUUGCAUAUGUCACAAUGAUUGUGAACACAUCCGGAGCAUCUUGUAAAAGAAGAGAUCAACUUAGAAUGCUUCAACAUGAAAAGAUUGUUGCUGAAUUAGAAAAUGGAGAAAUCCUUACUGGGAGAGGGAAAAAUCAAGAAACUAAUUUGACAAGACCUGUGGAUACUCGUUGGGGAUCACAUUAUUUGACGUUACUUCGUUUAUGUUCAAUGUGGUCUUCAGUGCAAGAAGUGCUGAUAAAUGUAGUUAAUGAUGCAUCAUCUUCUACGAAUAGAGGUACUGCAAAUGGUUUACUUAAGAAGAUGAAUGAUUAUGAAUUUGAAGCGGUUAACGAGUUCUUCCGAACCACAUCUCUUACCGGAAGAACGAUCACGGAAACUAUCGGCGGUCAGCAACUCGAACUAACAGAAGAAUCGGUCGCUGAAAUCCUACAACUACCAUCGGAAAGAAGCAACAUCGCGGCGGAUCUAGAUCAAGAGACCUUCGAGACGGCUUGCCAGGUUCUCUCGGCAACUACAGCUCCUAUCGAAGUCUCCGGGAAGAAAUCAUGA